GAAUGGACGAAUGAGCGAGGGAGACUCGACGGCAAUGGUCAUAGUGACCAGUGCGAGGACCCAUACAAAAAUACCGCGAGGAAGUGUUGUGGGGGCUGAUGAGAAACUAUCUCUGCCCGUACUAUGUUCUCGGCCAGCAGAAGAAUUGCCAAGCUACGUUCCAGCUCUGAUGGAAAAGUUUAGUGAACUUGGCCUCAAAUCGUACAUAAAGGAAGACAGACAUAAUAAAAAACGUCCCUUCUUUGUGUUGCGAGAAUAUUGCUCGUUCGAUAUGUCUGAGGAGCAGGGAGAGAAGGGAAGGUUCGCGGUUGGCACGAAACGUCUUCACAAAGGAUGUUCGGCAUUUUUGAAUGGCUAUGCUGCGUCACCACUUGACUUCAAGAAUGUCAAAGAUUUUAAAGAUAUCCUCAAAGAUGAAAAAGUAAACAUAGUAUCAGUCCCUGGACGACGGAAAAAAUCAGAAACAGAAUUGGAGAAUGAAGAAACUUGUGAAAAAGGAGCAAAAUAUCUAGAAAGGAAUCAUUUUGAGUUCAUUUCUCAAGAUGAAAAGCCGAAGUCUGCCGCUGAGAAAUCUGCUUGGGAUCCGAAAAAACCGGAUCGUACGUGUGCUGAUACACCACGGAUCGCACUGGGAUUCUCACAAAAAGGUCUUGUUGACAUUCCAGCAACUGCCCGUCACUUCACAGUUUGCACUUAUGGAGCAGCACCUCCGAAGGUUGAUGAGAGUAAACUCUGUCAUUUUGCUGCUACUUUCGAAAAUGGAAAAUGCAAAUGCAAAUCUGGCACUGGCACCACAAACAUUGAAAAACGUUUCAAACUAUCGGAUUCUGACAAAAAAUUAGCAAAUGACGGAAAAUUGUGCCUAGAUUGCGAAAUGGAAACAUAUCAUUCUCUCGUCAUACUGUUGGACUUUGCCAAUGAUGGUGGCAAGGCUGACAUAUUCGCAGACAUCGCCACACAGAUGAUAUUUCCUUUUUUUGCUACUGAAUCUUAUAUCACUUUGAUAGCUUGGGGUCCAAAUUAUGACUUCCAAAGUAGGGAUCGUUACGGACUUGCUGAUGACGGAAAGAAUUACGAUUAC